AUGCUACGAGUGGCUAAACACGCGCACAAUGUCGGUUUCUCAACAGUUUUCGCCUGGAAUGACAUGUUCGAGAAGACCGAUCCACAAGUGCUCAAGUUUCACAAUCUUCACUCACUGAUCACCCCCGUCGUUUGGGGAUACAAAGAAGAUGUGACAGUUGAGGGAUAUUUCUCGGAAGGACUCUUUGAUCGAUUGAAUACGGUUUUCCCCUCCAUCUAUUUCGCGACCGCAUUCAAAGGCGCCAAUGGAAUCAAGCAAUCAUUCAGCAACAUUAAUCGAUAUCUUUCCACUCAUCAAAGUUACAAUCGAUUAUUGAAAGGAGCCGCGGAAAUUGUCUCCAACAAAACGGCGGGCAUUUUCGUGACUGGUUGGUCUCGUUAUUCCCACCAUCGUCCUCUCUGUGAGCUUCUUCCCACCUCACUUCCAUCACUUUUCAUGUCAUUAAUCUAUUUACAAGAUCCACAGAUCCCUGCCUCAAAAGUGCAUAAACGAUUGAAGCGUCUCCUCAACUGUAAAGAGGCUGAGAUGCGGCGGGCAGCAAGGGAAUUUCAACUCAAUCACACUGAGAUCUACUAUCCACCGAUUGAGACAGAGUACUCGACAUGUCACUUUCUAUGGGCACCCAUUCAUAAAGAGCUAGAGGACCUUCGUUUCUUGACUUGGUUAUCUCAUCGGGUUUCCUCAAUGGACAAAAAGACGCGAAAAGAAUUGAGAGAAAAACUUGAGAGAAACGAAAAAGAGCUUCGAUCUCAACUUUCACCAAUAUUUUUCGACGAAACGAUUGAUGAGUUCAUUGCGGGCAAUUUUGAUCCGUUGAAGAGGAGAAUCGAGAAGAAAACGAUUAAAAUGAACUCGAAUAUUAUUAAUACAAAG